UUUCUUAUUUUCCUAACAGGUAACAGCAGUUGCCCCGGGUAUCGAUAUGAUUCCCAGGCGUUUCUUUUCUCGCUGGUUAACAAACCAGGAUGGGCACCUGUGAAACUGCCUCAGACAGGGCAGUAUAGUUCGCACAAUGCCUACUCCAUAUACGACUGCUCGUCUUAUGGACCUGUAUUUGGAGGAGGCCAUGACAUUUACAUUGGCGACUACUCGCCAUCUGGUGGCAGUUACAGUACCAGCCUUGGUCAUACUUACAGCCCACCAAGUGGGAACAGCUACACCAACACAUUUCUGGCAGGCACUCAUUCUUUUACUCCAGACGAAAUAGAAACAUUUUACGAAACAACCUAA